UUGAGAUUCACACACACACAAAAAACGAGAAACAGCCAGAGAGGAAGGAGACAUCAGGCAGCAGCGGCUGAAACAGAAGCACUCACACCGAGGAGUGAAGAGCAGAGGCUGACCAGAGCUUGUUUCUUUAAGACUAAUCUCCAGUGUGCCUGGACUUGGAGGUUUGAGGAGUGUUUGUGUGGCUUGACUUUGGAUGAACUCUUGCUUUGCUGCUCCUGAGACAGAGACUUCGCUUCAAAUAGGACAAGGCACCAGAAAGACCAGUUACAGACGGAGACGUGCACAGACAGCAGCUGUCUUAUUCCAGCUGUGUUGGCUCCUGGUGCUACAUUUGAUUUCACCUAGAGUUAAUUUUGUACCCAUUUGGGCUUCUGUUCGACCAAUGGCUGCUGUGCGUCAGAUGGUUAUGGAGGCCUCCGGCUUCCACGUCCUGCCGGCCCACCUUAUGGCCUCAGCUAUGGAGGAGUUCCCCCAGCAGCUGCCUGUCCCCAAGGGCCCAGCAAGGGGCAAGAGCCGCUCCCGCCGAUCGCGCGAGGCUCGCUUCAAGACGCAGCCCGUCACCUUUGCUGAGAUCGCAGAGGUAGAGGAAGAGGGUUCCUCACCCCUGGAGGAGGAGCGGGCCCGUCGUUCCUUCCUGCAGUCCCUGGAGAACCUGCGGCGGAGCACGCAGACCCUCCACUGCCCGCCAGCUGCCCAUCACAGCUGCACCCCCACACCCACACAGGCCAGCCUGGACUCCAGUGACUCCGACUCCACCCAAUGAGUGGUGGGACACACCUGGCACACAUGUUCCGCACUUCUCCUUGACGCCGCUUCGAAAGGAGGCCAACUGAACUGAACCAAACUGGCAUGUUUGCCAGCCUGCCUGUGUGUGUGUAAGCUGCUGCUGUUAUACAAAAGUCUGCAUUUAAUAUAUACUAACAUAUCAACAUACAGUAUAUAGCUCGAGGAUGCACUUGAUGCAUAUCUGUAAAGAUCUCUACCAGUGCCACAGGCUGGUUAUACUGCUGUAUAGAUACGAUAAGUGUAAAAGUAGCAGAUGACGCAGUGUUGAACACACCACUCUUCAAAUGUAUUCCUUUUCUACUGUAGAUGUCUAUGAGUAAUGAUGGAAGAUGGUGAUAUUUUUCCACUUUAAAGUUGUAUAGGUAUUUUUGUUUCAAUCCAGAUUUUUCUACUUGACCAGUCACCAUAGAAAAGACUGCUGAAAGAUGUUGUUGUGACCUACCACGCUGUACAUACUUUGACUAAGCAAUGUACUGAGCAUCAAAAGUGACCUGGCCGUCACUGAAGAAGUAGAGUACUGUUACAAAGCUUUGUCAGGAGUUCAAGCUCUUGUUUUCCAGCUUCACAGUGAAUGAAAUCUCUGCUCUUGCUUCAAUUUCUGAGCAAAAAAAUGCCUUUAUUUAUUCUCUUAUUUUGUUCAUAACCAAUGGAGUUGUAGAUGUGUUGUAUUGCUCUUCUAAAGUCACCUUGACUUUCAAAGAAAAUCAUAACCUUUAUACUGUAUAUUUGUUUUACUUUAUACAUAUAUGUUACAAUGUUUGUUCUAUGUACUUUAAUAAAUAUUUUCAAGUA